ACGCGGAUGGGCCACAUCCCUGCGCAGGCGCAGUCGCAGAUGGUUUGCAGAUCGGUGACGGUUUCCGGGACAAGCUUGCUGAACCAGAAGUGCAGUUUUUGUCCCGUCCUUAGCAGCUCAUACAUCGAAAAACAACCCAUGAGGAGUCCCUACGAGCUGUUAGACCUGCUGUGUUCAAUACUAGACAUUGUGUUUCAAAAGACCCCGUUAUUUAACACCGAAAUAUGUGAAGCGUUUGGCUGUCGGGGGCCGAAACUAAUAUUGUGUCGCUUUUGUUUGUUGUUGGCAGCUACUGACAGGUCCAAAGUUCAUCAAUGCAGGCCAAAGAAGAACCCACUGACCGAGCUUCGAUGGCAUCCAGUCCGACAACUCCCUGCUGUCUCAACAAUGAACUGCGGAUAGCCUCAAUUACUGAGUGAAGAAUGGCAAGGUUUAGGCGCAAAUCUUGCAUCACGUUCAUCGCUCUGGUGUUGCUUGUGCUCAUAGUGACGGUGGUCUUGAAGGCGCUCACUCCAGAGGACUCUCCGUUCGGUGACCCCGUUGGUGAGGAGCUGUUCCUGGAGAGAAGGAAUGACAUCCAGAAAAAAAGCGACAAAACACCUGACCAGAUCAAAAUGAACGACUCCGCUCAGUCAGAGAGAGACGCUCAACUGGAAGCUACACUGAAGAAGUUCCCUCCUCCAAACUACUAUCUCCAUGCAUUCUACUAUGCCUGGUAUGGAAACCCCAAGCAUGACGGCAAAUACAUCCACUGGGACCACCCUCAACUGCCACACUGGGACUUUAAAGUGGCUCAGGGCUAUCCACAAGGGAGACACAGCCCACCUGAUGACAUCGGGGCCAACUUCUACCCCUCUUUAGGGGCUUACAGUUCCAGGGAUCCCUCCGUUAUAGAGGCCCAUAUGCAGCAGCUGCGUACAGCAGCCAUUGGUGUCAUGGCUCUUUCCUGGUACCCUCCUAAUAUGAAGGAUGAUAAUGGUGAGCCAAUGGAUGACUUUGUGCCUUUGCUGCUGGAAGUGGCACAUAAAUACCAUAUUAAGGUGGCGUUUCACAUUGAACCGUACAAAGGAAGAGAUGAGGUCAACAUGUUCACUAACGUCAAAUACGUCAUUGAGAAAUAUGGAGAGCACCCUGCUUUCUUUAAGUAUCGCACAAACACUGGCAAGCUCCUUCCGCUCUUCUAUGUGUAUGACUCAUAUCUGAUGAACUCGGAGCAGUGGGCCAAACUGCUGAAACACACAGAGAGUAACAGCAUCAGGGACACCCCGUAUGAUGCCAUCUUCAUUGCCCUGCUGGUUGAGGAGAAACAUAAGAGGGAUAUCCUGACUGCCGGUUUUGAUGGUCUCUACACUUACUUUGCUACUAAUGGAUUUUCCUAUGGCUCCACUCAGCGCAACUGGGACUCUAUUAAAUCUUUCUGUGAAGAUAAUAACCUCAUAUUCAUCCCAAGUGUGGGCCCAGGGUAUAUUGACACGAGCAUUCGACCCUGGAACUUCCAAAACACUCGAAACCGCAUCAACGGUAAAUACUACGAAACCUCGCUGAGCGCUGCGUUGGAGGCCAGGCCCGAUUUUAUAUCGAUAACAUCUUUUAAUGAGUGGCACGAGGGCACUCAGAUUGAAAUGGCAGUUCCCAAAACAAGCCAGACUGUGUAUCUGGACUACCUGCCCAACAAACCCACAAUCUACCUGGAGAUAACUCGCAAAUGGGCGGCGAUAUUUGGUGGCGAGAGGAGAAAAUGGCAGGAUUGACGUGACUAAGAGCAAUGCUGGACGAUUAAUCACUGUUCUAUUAAAUAAUCACAUGAAAGCUAAUACGUUUUAGUUGCAGAAUGCACAACAAAAUGCACUUGAUGAAUAACUGUAUGAGACCAGCUCAGUUAUUUGCAAAGCCACGGGCAAGUAAACUGUGUUAUCUUAAUUUCCGCUGCACUGAUGUAUGUGAUUUUUGUUUACACUUGGAUGAUUUAUUGUUAACUUGAUCAUGUCUUAUUAUUUCCUGUUUACACAGCCUUGUACAUUUUCAGACUCAUAACAUAAUAAGCAUGUCUCCAGCCGAAACUGUGCAUUGGCAUGAUUUGCCCUCCUGUAAUCUGUGAGUAUAUUCAUCCUCAAUAGAAAUUAAUAAAGUGUACCCCUGGAAAAGGACGGAAGGACGCAAA